CGCUAUACGCACUGUGUUCCUGAACACAAGAGGGUCGCCCAUUGCGGUAAAAAAAAAUAGCAAACACUGAAGAAAGAAGGAGUUUCUGUCUGCACAUACAUUGCUCUUAUUUACAGUAAAACGGGAUACUAUUUAUUCAAAGGUGAUUGUUCAACCAAAGAUGAAUUUUGAGCAGCCCCCUCCGUACCCCGGCAGUGGCCCCACUGCUCCAGGCUACCCAGCCCAGGGCCCACCUCCACAGGGAUACCCGCCUCAGGGUUAUCCUCCACAGGGAUACCCUGUGAACAUGGAGCAGCCUAAUCCAUCUUACCCUAACUACCCUGCCGGACCAAUGGGUCCCGGAGGUCCUUAUCCUGGCCCCGGACAGCCUCCCUAUGGGUACCCUGGACAACCAAAUCCACAGUUUGGUUGGCAGGGGGGACCCCCUCCUGGGCCUAUGUACGGGGAAGCUCCCAAAAACACAGUGUACGUGGUGGAGGACAGGAGAAGAGACGACAGAGGAGACACAUGCCUGACAGCCUGCUGGACAGCUCUAUGUUGCUGCUGUCUUUGGGACAUGCUCACAUAACUACUCCCCAACCGUUUGUCCCCAUUACCCCCUUGCCCCCCAUUUCAGUGCCUCGAAACCCCAUCAACCCUCCUCCCCUCCCCCUCAAUAUCCCUCAGACCCUCGCACUCCCUUGAAAUCACCCCUCCGUUUCCUCUACAAGUCUUUUUGCUCGUCUAUAAAUAAAAGCCUCGAUCCCAUAUGGAAGUUUCUGUCCGGAGCCACUUACUCUACCUUGAUGUGAAGUCCUCAGCGCUGACUGACUGACUGACUGACUCUGUCCAGGGGCUACUCUGUAGCAGCUUGUAACUAAGCUUCUAAACAUAACCUGAAUAUCAGGCUCUUCACUGUAAUUUAACACCAAUACAUCACAGGCACAGAUGCGCACACACACCAAGGUAAAUGCACACACAUGCACACGCACACAGAUACAAUAUACUUGGAUCUCAGGCUCAUCUAGUGUGAGGCUCUUUGGCACUUUAUGACGAAUACCUCUGUAAGAUACUACUCCUGCCUGCCCUGUUAACCAUCUCCAACCAUUCUUAACCCUCCCCAUCUUCAGCUGUGCUACCCUCCAUCACCAAGGCUAACCCCUUAACCUGGCUGUUAAUGAGCCACAGGGCGCUCUUAAGAAGCUGAUGCUUGAAAUGUAUUCAUUUGCAUAAAAGCUGUUUUUGGCGAACGUAUGUCUUCAGGUGGAAUCAAUAAAUGGAAUGCAUUUUUAAAGAUGACAGAGAUUUAUGUUUGAUUGCUGUUAACAGUCGAUGGCCGAAAUUUUUUUUUCAUGGUGAUCUUGAUAUGAGAAAAAAAUAUUCCAAUGUCAUUUUUAUUACAUACCUUGGAGAUAAAACUGAAAAUAAGAAAAAAAAAAAGGUUGUGAUCGAUUAACAGAAGAAACCAAAUGACCUGUCAGAUGCCUUUUUGCUUUGGAUGAGAAACUUGCAUUACAAUAAAUUAAUCCCU